AUGGGGCAAUUUGUCCAACAAGUUAUGCCAUUACUGGUUUACACUGACGCACGCCCAAUCAUCCAUACCGUUGCUACACCAGCUGCCUAUGCUAGGCACAUUCCGCACUUUGAAGAUCAACAUCACAUGUAUCAUACUUUCGACUCAACAGUUGUUGGUGACGAAGUAAGAUUUGAAGAUUUAAGAGAAGUAAAGGAGAACAUGCAACUCCUUAAGAAGAAGUUCCGAGAUUUAGAAGGAGACCACGUCUUUGGAUUUGCCGCCAAAGAAAUGUGCCUUGUAUCUGGGUCGGUGAUUCCGGCCAAAUUCAAAACUCCAAACUUUGACAAAUACAAGGGGCAUACUUGUCCAAAGAGCCAUCUCAUCAUGUAUUACCAAAAAAUGGUUGCACACGUGGAAGACGACAAGCUUAUGAUCCAUUAUUUUCAAGAUAGCUUGAGUGGGGCUCCUUCCAAGUGGUAUUUAAGUCUGGAUCAGAAUAGGAUCAGAUGUUUCCAAGACCUGUCAGACUCGUUCAUUAAACACUACAAAUAUAACAUGGACAUGGCGCCUGACAGAAGAGAGUUGCAAACAUUGUUCCAGCAUGACAAAGAGUCCUUUAAGGAAUAUGCUCAGAGAUGGAGGGAGUUGGCUUCUCAAGUUGAACCACCUUUAGCCGAGAAGGAAUUGGAUGAACUAUUGAUCGAUAUUGUCCAACCCCAGAUGGUUGGAAGUGCUUCCUUGGGAUUCUCUGAGCUUAUUGAUAUAGGGGCUCGUGUCGAAUAUGGUUUAAGAAAUGGAAAACUUGCAGUUUUAGCUGGAACUUCAAAUGCUAAUCCAAAUAAGUUAUCUAGAGGGUUUCCCAGAAAGAAGGAAGGGGAAACAAAUGUUGUGACUAUUGGCCAAGGAAGAGCCCCUCCAAGAAGGAGAUAA